AUGGGUUUCUCUGCCGGUGACUCCAAGAAGGGUGCCAACCUCUUCAAGACCCGAUGUGCUCAGUGCCACACUCUGAAGGAGGGUGAGGGCAACAAGGUCGGCCCUGCUCUACACGGUCUCUUCGGCCGAAAGAGUGGUCAGGUUGAGGGCUUCUCCUACACAGACGCCAACAAGCAAAAGGGUGUCACCUGGGACGAGAGCAGUCUGUUCGACUACCUCGAGAACCCCAAGAAGUACAUCCCCGGUACCAAGAUGGCGUUCGGUGGUCUAAAGAAGGAGAAGGACCGAAACGACCUCAUUACUUUCCUCAAGGAAUCUACGGCAUAA